UCUCUUUUUUGAUGAAUAGAAAAUAAAGAAUCUCACAUAAUUAACACUACCAAAAUCACAUAAAAUAUUUGGAAGAAAACCAUGAAACAUCAAACAAUGAGCCCCACCUCUUUAACACAUACUUCGUUUUGACAAAUAUAAAAUUCCCAAAUUUCAAUAUCUCAGACAAACAUACGUUUCUUGCACUCCACCCCCCUCAUCUCGCCAGGUUGUUUCACUUUGCGCGCAACGCAUACACUGGGAAGAAGAACACAGAGAGAGAGAGAGAGAGGAGGAGAUAUAUAUAUAUAUAUAUAGAUAGAAGAGGGAGAGAGAUGGCCGCCAUGGCUCGAGCGACCUCUGGUCUCCAGUACCCGGAGAGGUUCUACGCCGCGGCCUCCUACGCAGGCUUCGACGGAUCUCCUCGUUCCUCUUCGAAAGCCGUUCGCUCCAAGUUCAAAUCCGAAUCAGCUCUCCUUCUCUACGCCUUGUAUCAACAGGCUACCGUUGGACCUUGCAACUUACCUGAACCUAGUGCUUGGAAUGCUAUUGAGAAAAGCAAAUGGAGCAGCUGGAAGCAGCUUGGAGAUAUGAAUUCUGCUGAGUCAAUGCGGCUUUUUGUGAAAAUAUUGGAGGAAGAAGAUCCAGGUUGGUAUUCAAGAGCAUCAAAUUUUGUACCAGAACCUGUUGUGGAUGUACAAAUGAAUCAUAAUUCGAAAGUUGAGCCAGUUGUUGAGAAUGGGAACUCUUAUCCUGAGAUGAAGACAAUCUCUACUGAAAAUGGGAGUCCUGUUGAAGCUCAGGAUAAAGAUGUUGUCUCAGAGGGCUUUGGUCCAGUUGUUGUAUAUGACCAAUGGAUUGCACCUCCCAUAUCUGGUCAACCACCAAAAUCCCGUUACGAGCAUGGAGCAGCAGUCGUUCAAGACAAGAUGUACAUAUAUGGUGGAAACCACAACGGUCGUUACCUUAAUGAUCUUCAUGUCCUGGAUUUGAGGAGUUGGAGUUGGUCAAGAAUUGAGGCUAAGGCUGGGUCUGAAUCAGUUGAUUCACCAUCUCCGGUUAUAGUUACCCCAUGUGCUGGUCAUUCCCUGAUACCGUGGGAUAAUAAGCUUCUUUCAAUUGCUGGACACACAAAGGAUCCUUCGGAAACUAUUCAGGUGAAGGCAUUUGAUCUACAGACUUGCAGUUGGUCAGCCUUAAAGACCUAUGGAAAGCCACCGGUAUCUCGUGGAGGUCAAUCGGUAACCCUUGUUGGAUCUAGCUUAGUGAUUUUUGGUGGACAAGAUGCAAAGAGAAGUCUCUUGAAUGAUCUGCAUAUUCUUGACCUGGAAACAAUGACCUGGGAUGAGAUUGAUGCUGUGGGGGUACCUCCUUCUCCGAGGUCUGAUCACUCUGCUGCAGUUCAUGCUGAGCGUUACCUCCUUAUAUUUGGUGGGGGUUCUCAUGCAACUUGUUUCAAUGAUUUGCAUGUGCUUGAUUUGCAAGCUAUGGAAUGGUCAAGACCCACACAACAGGGAGACAUACCAACUCCAAGGGCUGGACAUGCAGGUGUGACAGUUGGGGAGAAUUGGUUUAUUGUUGGUGGUGGUGACAAUAAAAGUGGGGCCUCAGAAACUGUAGUUCUAAAUAUGUCUACCCUUGUUUGGUCUGUGGUAACUACUGUUCAAGGGCGUGUACCUGUUGCAAGUGAGGGCUUGAGUGUGGUUGUAGGUUCUCACAGCGGUGAAGAUGUACUUGUAUCUUUUGGAGGAUACAAUGGACGUUACAGCAAUGAGGUUAAUGUUCUUAAACCAAGCCACAAGUCAACCUUGCAAUCAAAGAUGAUUGAAACUCCUGUGCCGGACAGUGUUUCUGCUGUGCAUAAUGCUACAAAUGCUACCAGAGAUGUGGAGUCUGAGUUCGAAGCAGGUCAAGAAGGAAAGAUUAGAGAAAUUGUUAUGGACAAUGUUGACUCAGAGCCCAUGAGAUCCAAAGGCGUGAAAACCAAUGAACACCUAAUAGCAUCCCUCAGAGCGGAGAAAGAUGAAUUAGAAUCAUCACUUAGCAAGGAGAAGUCGCACACUCUCCAAUUAAAGCAGGACUUGGCAGAAGCAGAGACUCGUAGCACUGACCUGUACAAGGAGCUUCAAUCUGUUCGUGGUCAACUUGCCGCUGAGCAAUCAAGAUGUUUCAAACUGGAGGUUGAGCUUGCAGAAUUACGGCAGAAACUCCAAACAAUGGAAACAUUACAAAAGGAACUCGAACUUCUCCAACGACAAAAGGCUGCAUCUGAGCAAGCAGCUAUGAAUGCUAAACAGAGACAGAGCUCAGGUGGUGUCUGGGGUUGGCUUGCUGGAACCCCUCCUGAUCAAAAAGAAGAUGCCUGAAAAUUAUACGUGGUCAGAGCUAAUCGAAUAGUGCUUGCUAGAUUUGCUUCUGGUUCUGAUCAUCCAUUUUUUCCCCCCUAAAUAUUUUUUUUCUUUUUUUUUUUUUUUUGGUUACUUAGCCAUUUCUUUCAUGUGAUAGAAAUAAGAUAUCAGGUUCUUAUUGGUGAGAGGGAAAUACUUUGGGGUUGCAGGAAUACAUGUCCUGUAAUUUCGAUUAUGUAGUAUUAUUUUCAGUGCGAUAUAUAUCAAUAUUUCUUUUUUUCUUUCACCAAAUUAUCGAAGUUUGUAUUCGAGGUGAAUAUAUCGAGUGAGUAUAGUUCUCAUUGUCCAUAAAAUUCUUCAAUUGUCAGAGUUUUGUGACCUUUUUUUUUAUUUUUUCCCCGAAUUAUUUGGUGAAUUGUGGUCGAUAUUAUUUAUUAUCAAUUGGAUUUUUUUCCUAAAUUUAUUCUUUUA